AUGGAGAACGGCGGCACGGCCACCGAGAAGAAGGCCGUGCAGCAGCGGGGCGACGUGCCCCUGAUCGGCCGAACGGUCUUCGACCAGAACCUUUACGGGCCGGACGACAAAUUCUCGGGCUAUGAGACAUCGAUUCCGGUGGCGGAGGAGGUGGAAGAUGUGGUGGACGAGCAGGAGCGCGAGCUGCGCAACCGCAUCAAGGCCGCCAAGGCAGACCUGCCGGAUGCGGAGCCUCAGGAGGUUUCGGGAUUCAAUAAGCCUGCAAAGAUCACUGACAGAGAGGAUGACUACAGGCGCCAACGCCUUGUCCGGACGCUGUCCCCAAAGCGCCAUGAUGCUUUUGCGAUGGGGGACAGGACACCCGAUGCCCAUGCCACAACAUACGCCGACAGGCUCAGGGGAAAUCUCCUUGACAUGGAAAAGGACAAUACGAUCAGGAACAUUGCUGAAAAGCAGAAGCUGGAGGGGCUGAGCUCUGUGGAGAAGAAGGCAGUCCAGGCGGCUGCCGCACAAGCACAGGCCCAGCUAAAACAAGUCACGGGCGAAAAAAGGCGCAACCGAUGGGACCAGACAGGGCAGCAGGAUGCGAAGAAGGCAAAGGCCAGCUCUGACUGGGAUGCUGAUGCCACUCCAACACCAGCAGCCUCCAGAUGGGAUGCCACGCCUGGUGAUGCAGAUGCAACGCCAGGCAGAUGGGACAGCACUCCAACACCCCUUGGUCUCAGCGCCGAUGCCACACCAACACCGGGCCACUUCACUGAAGCGACCCCUCGAAGAAACCGCUGGGAUGAAACGCCAACACCUGCAAGGGCUGAUGCAACGCCGGCGUGGGGAGCAGAGACACCUGCAGGAGCUAUUGGGGCAACUCCAACACCUGCAGCUCGGCGACAGAGGUCUCGAUGGGAUGAGACACCAGCAGGAGGACCUUCUGCAACCCCUGGCCCGAGUGCGACACCUGGCAUUGGUGCAACACCAAUGAUGACACCUGGCCUUGGGAUGGGUGUCACCCCAUUGGCAGUGCCAGGCAUGGAAACUCCCUCUCCAAGUGCUGUUCCCAAAGUGCCGCUCACACCUGAACAAUACCAGCAAAUGCGGUGGGAUAGGGAAAUAGAAGAGAGGAAUCGGCCACUUACUGAUGAGGAGCUGGAUGCCAUGCUGCCUGGGCAAGGCGAGGGGUAUAAGGUGUUGGAGGUGCCCCAAGGAUACCAACCCAUCAGAACACCUGCAAGGAAGCUGACAGCGACACCAACACCUAUUGGAGGGACGCCACUGUACCAAAUACCGGAAGAUAACAUUCUUGGACGUUCGGAUGUACCACCCACACCAGAGGGCCUUCCAGAGAUGAAGCCUGAAGACUUGCAGCACUUCGGAACGCUCCUGCAGGAGGUGAACGAAGAGGAACUGGGGGUUGAGGAGGCCAAGGAACGGAAGAUCAUGAAGCUGCUUCUCAAGGUCAAGAACGGGACGCCUCCACAAAGAAAGUCAGCACUCAGACAACUGACAGACAAGGCUCGAGAGUUUGGUGCCGGUCCACUCUUCAACCAGAUCCUCCCACUACUGAUGCAGCCAACAUUGGAAGACCAGGAGAGGCAUCUGUUGGUCAAGGUCAUUGAUCGGAUUCUUUUUAAGCUGGACGAGCUUGUACGUCCUUAUGUCCACAAAAUCCUUGUGGUCAUUGAACCCCUGCUCAUCGACGAGGACUACUACGCACGAGUUGAGGGCCGUGAAAUCAUUGCAAACCUGUCGAAAGCUGCUGGCUUGCCUUCCAUGAUCGCAGCCAUGAGGCCUGAUAUUGACAACGUUGAUGAAUAUGUCCGAAACACUACCGCAAGGGCAUUCAGUGUCGUUGCGUCGGCACUGGGUAUUCCAAAGCUGCUGCCAUUCCUGAAAGCAGUGUGCCUCAGCAAGAAAUCUUGGCAGGCCAGGCACACAGGAAUCAAAAUCGUGCAGCAGAUUGCCAUUUUGAUGGGCGUGGCAGUGCUGCCACAUCUGAAGUCGUUGGUGGACAUCAUCAAGCAUGGGUUGGUGGAUGAAAAUCAGAAGGCAAAGACCAUCACCGCCCUGUCGUUGGCAGCGCUUGCAGAGGCAGCCGCACCUUAUGGCAUUGAGAGCUUUGAUGAUGUGUUGGAGCCUUUGUGGAAGGGAAUCAGGUCCCUCAGGGGGAAGGUACUGGCGGCAUUCCUGAAGGCAAUAGGUUUCAUCAUCCCCCUGAUGGAUGCUCGAUAUGCGAACUACUACACAAGGGAAGUGAUGCUGAUAUUGAUCCGAGAAUUCCAGACACCAGACGAAGAAAUGAAGAAAAUCGUGCUGAAAGUGGUCAAGCAGUGUGUCUCCACUGAAGGAGUAGAACCGGAGUACAUAAGAGUGGAGAUACUGCCAGAGUUCUUCCGCUGUUUCUGGGUUAGGCGAAUGGCACUGGACAGGAGAAAUUACAGGCAGCUUGUGGAGACCACAGUUGCUCUGGCUGAGAAAGUGGGGUGCUCUGAAAUCGUUUCUCGAAUCGUGGAAGACCUGAAGGAUGAGAGCGAACCAUACCGCCGUAUGGUGGUGGACACCAUCGACAAAGUGAUUUCAAAGCUGGGAACCGCUGACAUCGACGCUGUGCUGGAGGAGAAGCUGAUCGACGGCAUACUGUACGCUUUUCAGGAGCAAGUUAGUGACGACGCACAUGUGAUGCUGAAUGGCUUUGGGACUGUGAUCAACUCUCUGCACAACCGUGCCAAGCCGUAUCUGCCCCAGAUAUGCGGGACGAUCAAAUGGCGGCUGAACAACAAGGCUGCGAAAAUUCGGCAGCAGGCUGGGGACCUGAUCGCCAGGAUCGCACCCACGAUGAAGUCUUGUGGGGAAGAGGUGCUGUUGGGACACUUGGGGGUUGUGCUGUAUGAAUACCUUGGAGAGGAGUAUCCCGAGGUGCUGGGUUCGAUUCUGGGAGCUCUCAAGUCCAUUGUCAACAUGGUGGGCAUGGACAAGAUGACCCCACCAAUCAAGGACCUCCUGCCACGCCUUACACCCAUUCUGAAGAACAGGCAUGAAAAGGUCCAGGAGAACUGUAUUGACCUUGUGGGUCGCAUAGCAGACAGAGGACCAGAGCAUGUGCCACCAAGAGAGUGGAUGCGCAUCUGUUUCGAGCUGCUGGAGAUGCUUAAGGCACACAAGAAAGGCAUCAGGAGGGCCACGGUGAACACCUUUGGCUAUAUCGCAAAGGCCAUAGGUCCUCAGGACGUCCUGGUAACACUACUGAACAACUUGAAGGUGCAGGAGCGGCAGAACCGUGUUUGCACGACUGUCGCCAUCGCCAUCGUGGCAGAGACCUGCUCCCCCUUCACUGUCCUGCCAGCCCUCAUGAACGAGUACAAGGUGCCAGAGCUGAACGUGCAGAACGGCGUGCUCAAGGCGCUGUCCUUCAUGUUUGAGUACAUCGGUGAGAUGGGCAAGGACUACAUAUAUGCUGUCAACCCCCUGCUGCGCGACGCCCUGAUGGACCGCGACUUGGUGCAUAGGCAGACUGCCUGUUCUGUUGUGCAGCACCUGGCGUUGGGGGUUGCUGGCCUUGGGUGCGAGGACGCCCUGCUGGACCUGAUGAACUAUGUGUGGCCAAACAUAUUCGAGACCUCACCACACGUCAUCAACGCAGUCAUGGGCGCAAUCGAUGGGCUGCGUCUGGCCCUGGGCCCUGCCAUCAUCCUGCAUUACACACAGCAGGGCUUGUUCCACCCUGCCAGGAAGGUUCGGGAAGUGUACUGGAAGAUAUACAACAAUCUGUACAUUGGGGCACAAGACUCCCUAGUAGCAUUCUACCCGCCCUUGGAGGAUGAGGGGGUGAACACCUACAGGCGGCACGAGCUGGACGUGUUUAUUUAG